CGGUGCGAUAUGUGUUUGUGGACGACUGACGACGUCGACGACGACGACGUGAUUGUUGUGAUGGUCCUCUGGAGUGUGUGAUAAUUGCAUGGGAAGAAUUUGUUAGUCUAUUCUUAGCAUCCAAGAGACAGACAACGACGAGACCGCGCGCGCAUACACGAGACUUGCCAAUAGCUACAGGACGAGUUACAAGGACUAGAUCACGGCGCGCGGUUCCAGUGUCACGUAUUGCGGAGUUCGGGUGGAGGUGUGAAUCUGUGCGGUCGAUUUGCAUAGGAAGAGUCGGCAGUAGAUGUUUGGGGCAUGUGUGAAGUUUGUGACGUGACUCCCCGGCCAGGUGAAUGAACACUUUUUCGACCGGGUUUUCCGAAUCGACGUCUCCGUUGGAGGAUGCUAUUUGAAGGCUAAUUUUCUCGUCAACACGCAAAGCUUCAUCGGAGGCAAGAAAAGCUGUGUGCAAAUCGCCAAAUUGACCCAUCCAUCGCGCGAAAUUUGUGUGCCUCUAGAGUGGUGGAAAAUCGAUCAGCAGUGUACGGGGAGAACCAAGAUUGAAGUGGACCGAUAGAGUUGGUCGGAGGUCUUGGGGUCCCCCCCAAGAAAGCUAAGAUUUAUUCGGUUUCGUACGUGGUUUUAAUGGUUUUUCAUUAAGAUUCCCAUUUAGUUGUCGGAGGGCCGAGUGUUUUUAUUGGCCACGUGACUCACAGUGCGUCUUUCGGUUCGUGAUCAGUUUCGUGCGUGCGUGAGCUGGGAAACCAGUGAAAAGUGAAGCGAGAAAUGAUAAAUAAUUCUAAUUAGGAUAUAAAUGUUGUGAUGGAGUGAUUCUCGCCACGAAAGCCGGAGAAAAACGGGCCGCUCGCCUUAAAUAAGUUGUACGAAUUCUAAUUGGUGUUUGGCGAACUGAUCCCGCCGCAACGUGCCCUGAUAUGGUUGAUAUCGAGCUAAUGAUGCCAGGCAGCAGCGGUGACGAGUCGGACUCUUCGCGAGGGGUCCCUUCCAACCUAGAAGUGCCUCCGGGACUGCAGGUGAUCCCACUAAACCACCUGGUCAUUCACAACGGCAACGGAGCUGGAAAUGGUACAUCAGAUGAGCAGUCCCAAAACGAGCGGUUAAAGCAACUACAAACCGCCGAACAGUUCCUGAGGCAGAUGGCCCGAUUGCAGCGGCCACCCCCGCCGGACCUGGACAUCCGCAAUGGUUCGGUGGUGGCGUGUAAGCUCAUCCCCAAGGGCACCCAGUAUGGGCCCUUUUUGGGGAAGUUUUUCCGGGACUCGUUGAACCGACUGGAGUUUAUGGACAUGAAUCUGCGUGGCUGGCUGGAUGCCACCCUCGAGUCGGCCAACUGGUCCCGGAACAUUCGUAGCACCGGCAGCCUGGGGGACGUGAAUGUGCAACAGUAUUUCAAGGACGGUUAUCAAUGGUUCGAAGUGAUAUGUGAUAUUAGCCCGGGACAGGAGCUACUGCUGAGGCCACGGGUUCCACCGGCGCCCUCGCAUCGGGACCAAGCCGGAGCCGACGACAGUCGGGGUUCUGCUUCCCAGCACAGUGAGGUGUUCGAAGACGAGUACAACACCUCGACCGAGUACGAUUCUAGUCUGGUGCACCUCAACCAUAAGGAUCAUUUGCAUCACAACGACAGUUAUAACAAUAACAACAACAGCAGUAGCAGUAAUCAUCCGCAGAACGUCGAUCAGAACAGUAGCAGCAAUAGUAACAUCAGUGCCGGAGGUGGAGGAAACGGAGGUAGUGGUGCCAACAGUGCAGGAGCCGAGCAGCACCAGAACUCCAACGGUGGUGACGGUGAGGAAGCAGACGGCGAACACGACGAAGAAGACGACGAGGAGGGCAUCGAUGCACGGUGCAGCGUUUGCGAUCGGCAGUGCCACGAUAUCGAUCAACUCGACGAUCAUCUGGUGAUUUCGCACCACUACCCAAAGGACGCCUAUCGGUGCGAGCUCUGCCCGAGGGCUUACUGCUAUCGGCCGUCUCUGCUGCGGCAUCGGGCCCUUGUCCACGGUGAGAUCCGGCGCUAUCCGUGCGAAAACUGUCCCAAGGUAAGUCAUUGUGUCUUCACUGAUCCGUCGAACCUCCAGCGACACAUCCGCACUCACCACGUCGGUGCCCGGAGUCACGCCUGCCCCGAGUGCGGAAAAACGUUCGCGACCUCGUCCGGCCUGAAGCAGCACACCCACAUCCACUCGUCGGUAAAGCCGUUCAAGUGCGCAGUGUGCUUCAAGGCGUACACCCAGUUCUCGAACCUGUGCCGGCACAGACGUAUGCAUGCGGACUGCCGCAUGCAAAUCAACUGCAACAAGUGCGGACAAAGCUUCAGCACCGAUACGUCGCUUUCGAAGCAUAAGCGUUUCUGUGAUUCAACCACCGUCGGUGGAGGUCCUUUGCAUCCUUCGACGGCAGCAGCAGCGGCCGCAGCCGCAGCAGCCGCCCACCAACAGCAGGCGUCUAGAGUACCGAACUUGCCGCACAAUAUGGCCACCCCACCCAAUCCGUUCUUUAUGUUCCACGGAAGUCCCUUCUUCCCACCCGGAUUCCAUCCGUAUCCCGGAAUGUCCGGUAUCUUCCCACCAAACCCUGCCCAAGCUCCCCAAUUCCCAUUGCCGUUCUUCCCCAAGCCUGCUCCGGCCCCAGUUGAGCUGGAACGCACCACUCCUUCUCCGCGGCACGUUAACCUAAUGGAGCAGUACGGUCAGCAAACGAUGAAGAUCUCCCCUCCAACAGCGGAGGAAGCCACCAACCAUCUCAGACCAUCGCCCGCACGCCCCAUUCCGGUCAACUUCAACUCGAUUCCUUCGAUGACCUCAACUCCAGUGGCACCCUCGGCAACGGUGACGACGACCCAGUUGACCAAUAACAACCACAUCAAGGCAGAACCUCUGAGCCGCAGCCGGGAGAAUGGCUCCUUGAAUAGCAGUUCAGCAUCGCGGGGCGUAUCAUCGCUUGAAGUCCACAGCUCAGAGGAUGAUGAAUUGCCGUCCGGUGGAUCGAUUCGCGUCAAGAAUUUCUCCAUGUGUUCAACGGCAUCAUCUACUGGAUCGUUGGACAUCAAGGAGGAGCGACAGUCUCCAGUAUCUUUGCUGGGCAAGCGAAGGAAGCCUUCGAUCGAUGUGGUCAAAGAAGACGACGAUGAAGAGGACGAGGAAGACGAAGAUGACGAGGAAGACGAGAAAAAGGAAGAAGUGGUGCCAGCGAAGAUUCCCAAAGUCGAAAGUGCUUCGGAGCAGCCCUUAGAUCUCAGUGUAACCAAAAAGAAAAAUGAAGCUCGCAGUCCGACGCCGAUCGAGGUGACGACUCCAACUCCGACACCACCUCCGACAUCCGAGCCAGCACCGAUUCCAGUCCCCUCGCCUAAACCGAUCACUUCGCCCCAAAUGACCGUUCCGACGAGUCCAUCGCCGACGCCUUCGCCUCGUCCCCCAGCAUCGCCAUCGUCGCCAGGUGCUCAGCAAAUUUCCUAUCCGCGUCCCAUCUAUCCGAUGCUACUGGAGGCCAUGUACCGUCCCGGAAUACCGAACUUUCAACGGCCGCCGUUCAAUUUUUUGGGCUCCCUUGGGCCCAACUUUGACAUGCUCAAGCGAAAUGCCUCCGCGGCCGGCUCGUUUCCCCCGAAGCCCUUUCACGAGGCCAUCAUGGCCGCCGGUGGCCUAACCGGAGGUGGCAAGGUCAAGGAUCGCUAUUCGUGCAAAUUCUGCGGCAAAAUCUUUCCCCGCUCGGCCAAUCUGACGCGCCACUUACGCACCCACACCGGUGAGCAGCCCUACAAAUGUCGGUACUGUGAACGGUCAUUUAGUAUCUCUAGUAAUUUGCAGCGUCAUGUGCGUAACAUUCACAACAAAGAGCGGCCAUUCAAGUGUCACCUAUGCGAGCGCUGCUUCGGCCAGCAGACGAAUCUCGAUCGGCACCUGAAGAAGCACGACGCCGACGCGGCCGGACUUGGUCUCGGCCUUGGCGAUUCUCCUUCGUCCAACGAGGCCGAACGGGAGGACAACUGCUUCGACGAGAUUCGUUCCUUCAUGGGCAAGGUGACCUACUCGGGAGCCCCAUUGUACGGAUCCCAUCCGCAUGGCACCGGUGGACAUAUCUACACGCCCAUCGAUGUGACCACGGUGGAACCGGAUCUCGAGGACGGCUCCAGUGAUGUAGAGAGCGAUAUGAUCAACAUCGACUCCGACAAGUACUCGAUGAACAACAAUGACACGAUAGAGGUUUCCACCUAGAGGUGAACCUUCCCACACAAUCCACCUGUAAAUACGAGCUGUUAGUUGGACCAAAAUACCAAGCGAUUCUCGGCGGUCCUGAAGCAAUCCGGCGCGAUUUGUACAUAUUCUUGAGGACCGAAUGUAGUAACUGUUUCACCCUAUGCUCACUAUUAGCAAAUUAAUUUCUGACUUAGCCUACACGCCUAACCCCAUUGACCAGGCUCACUAACUAAUAGUAUUACGAUGAUGAUCAUUGGCUUAAUCAAUCCAACGACAUAUUGCUACUUUUAAGAUCCCUCUUUAGAUUGUAAGAACACUUCCUUGUACAGUCCCAGUUCCCCCUCUCGAUUUCUGCACAAACGCUCUAAUUGUAGUUCAAAUAUUUUCUUUGGUGAUAUUGAUAUUGUUUAAUUUUAUGUAAUAGAUUCUAGAGUUAUAGUCAGUAAAUAGGAGAGAAAAAAGUUAAACUUUUGCAACCCCCCACUGGAAAGAAUUUAGUUGAAACCAAAAAUCUUAGCGACACGAUCGAGCACGACUAGAAUUGUAGGUUUGAUAUCUGUAGACAAAAUUUUAUACUAUGUUUUUCGUUUUUUUAUUGUAAAAUUAUCAUUGAUUGAUUUUAUUUCAGUUUGUAAUUUAUUUUCCAAAGAAUUGUUUCAGAAGACUUGUAAACUGUAAGAAAAUUUCCAUAAAAUUACCUUUGUAGAACGAUUACUCUACCAAGUAACCCACAAUAACGAUAAAAAAGCUAAUCAAAAGAAGUAAGAUUGCAAAACGAAUGGAUUGUUAGUUAGUUUUAAACACUUUAAACUCUUCAAAUUAAACACAAAACUGAAAGAAAAAACUUACCAUUUAAGCGCAAAACUUUUCCAAGCAUACGUCAAAUAAAUCAAUUAUGAAAAUA